GAUUUUAAUCAGUUGAGCGUACAACAGUUUUCAUCUAAACAUUGCGGACUUCCAAUUCUUAAUCGAUAAAACGUUGCACAUGCGUUGUGGAUCGUAAUAACAACCACUCUCAGUUGAAGAAGGGUCAGAGCAGUUUAACAGUGAUGUGGACUCUUGUAAUUACUCGUGUAUCGAGAAAGAGCAUGUUAAAGAUUAGAAAGGCGAUUUAUUAGACGAAUAACAUCCUUCCCCUCGUCGAAAUGAAGAGUGAAAUAUAUAGGCGUACGUUCGUUCUGCUUCUAUAUUGUCUUAUUGAAGGCAGCAUGGCUGCUGAUGUUGCCUAUAGAGGAAAUGAAAACGAAGACAGGUGCAAUAAAACUGUAGAUAUAUAUCAAGCAGUAUCAAGUCCUCCUGUAACGGAAGCAAAUCGUGGCAAAGCAUUACAUUGCAGCUAUCGUGUUCGAGUUCGACCAGCACGUGACGAUUGGGUAGUCUUUGUACGCUUUACUAAACUCCGAAUAGGUCGACCCACAGAAGACAGGCAGCAAUGCAUCGGUGGUUACGUACAGAUAAUUGAUGGAUAUCGAGAAAGUAAUCAUAGCAACCGUGCCAAUCCUGGUUUUUAUUGCGGAGAUAUUGACUCUCCGAAGACAUUUAUAUCCGAAACGCCUCACGUUAAAAUUGUUUUCCAUGUCGAUAAAUAUGACUACGAUACCUAUCUACAGUUCGAUGCCAAUGUGGAACAGCAAAGAGAAGUUCAUGCCAGAUACGGACAAUAUCCACAGUUAUAUCCAAACAGAAGGGGUGCUCCGAUAUACGGAACUUAUUGCGAUCGUGUUUUUCACGAUUGUUCUCCGGGUAGAUGCUUUGUACAAUCACCAGGUUUCCCGGGAAUUUAUCCACGUGGUUUACAUUGUAGAUAUCGUCUUAGUGUUCGACACAGUUUGGUAGGACUUGAUCUCACUACAUUCGAUGUCGACGGAUUAAGGUGUGAUAACCUUUUAAUGUGUUUUCCUCGCCCGAUUUCGCGCCAGGCGGAAGAUUGUCCAUUCGAUUACGUUCGUGUUUAUGAUGGACCAACCGAAGAUAGUCCAGUUAUCGUCACCUUAUGCGGGAGAGGAAGGCUCAAAUCUAAUAUAAUAGCCUCAGGUUCUGAAAUGCUAGUAGAAUUUAUUACAUCUCCAGCAGGACCGUUGCUCAAUACGGGCUUCCAUUUCAAAGCUGAUAGUAUCUACGAUACAGGGGACACAGAAUCACUUCAAUUAAGGAACAGCAGCUGCAGUAUCGAACGACAUCUGCGAGGGUAUAAGGAGAGUGAUUUUUCCAACUUGAGAUCUUGGUAUCCGGGUAAUACAACGUGCUUCUAUCGUUUCGUGGCUUCUGAAGAAGAAGUUAUUCGUUUAGAAUUUUUGUGGUUUCGAGUCGAACGAGUAACUCUUUGUGAAGAAUCUAUUAAAUUGUAUGAUUCAUACGAACCGGAUGGGAUGAAGAUAAUUUCUAAACUGUGUGAUAUGAAUAAACCACGAGCCGUUUAUGAAACAACAGGGCCGGUAAUGUUUGUCGAAUUUUUUAGUCACGCAGGAUCUUUAGAUGGUUCAUCACUCAGUUAUGGCUUUCAGGUGAAAACUGUUAAUGUUAUGCCUCAAGAUAAUCAUAUAAGUCAAUCUGCUUGCAAUAAAAUAUACGAUGUCGCCAGGGAAGAUAUUGGGUCAUUCAGUUUGUCACUGCAAGAUUUAAAUUUUACACUCGGAAAUCAACCUAUAGUGUGUAAUUAUACCUUCGAUGCCAGCUCGCUCCCACACGGAAGAAUAAAUAUUACCCUAUUAUCACCGCUCUCGAAAAUGGUUGUUAAUUGUCACGAAUGUUUGGGUGAUCCACUUUUAAUGGAAGUUUACGCUGGUGUUUUAGAUGAUCCACCGUAUUGUUUAUGUCAGAGUAAUCGUCAACGUGUUCAUCAUAUUACUUCUCUAGGAUCUAAAGUGUUGCUAUCACUACAUUUAACUCCAGAAGUGAAGGGAAUGAAAAUUAAAACCUAUCUACAAGGAAAUUAUACCCAUUUUAGCGAUUAUAGAUGUGGUACGGAAAUACGACCUUUAGAUCUGCAAGGGGUAAUUCAAUUUCCACCUUCCAAUGUUUAUCCAACUAAAGCCAUGUAUUGUAGAUGGAGAGUUCCCAUUUUUCCACGAAUGGACGUUUCUUUUCAACUAGAACAUUUUCACGGUCAGAAUAACUGUACAUUUGAUUACAUAAUCGUCAAUCAGAUAAUCCUCUGUCAGACGUUAUCAUCUACAGACGAGACAUUUAUCUUAGAGAAAGAAGAAAUUCGCAAGUCUGAUGUUACGGUCGAAUAUCGUACAUCAGAAUCGUCUGAAGGAAAUUUUACUUUAUGGUGGACACAACUAAAAGUUUUACCAACUCCCUCCAGUUCCGAUUCACUCGUUUCACUAGGAAAAGAUUGUGAAUUUCUUUGUGCAUCGACAAUGACAUGUAUAAGAAAAGAACUGGUAUGUAACGGAGUACAAAACUGUCCAAAACAAAGUAGUGGCCAUCGUAACAGAUUAUAUGCUGCAGAUGAGGAUCCAACUAUAUGUUUACCCCAACAAGAUUCGUUUCGACUGUAUUGGUGGAUCAUAGGUUUUGCUUUGGGAGUCUGUGGAUGUGUUUUGCUUUGCCUUGUCUUCUCACUGUGCAGACGAUGUCAAAGUAGAAGACAGAGGUUUUAAAUCGCUCAAUUACAAUAUCUCAUGAAUAUUCAUGUUUGAAUGUGUUUUUACAUUGGUAUAUAAGUUUUUACAUGUUUUUAAAAUUAUUUUAAUCUACAAUGGAGAUUAUUAAAAGAAAAAAAAAUUCUUGACACGAUUUCUCAGAAAAAAAAAAUCACUGAAAAGAAAGUGAUUUUAAAGUGUUAUAUGUAGAUCAGUUUGAUUUUUAAAUUAUUUUAUAGCAGAGGGAGGAAUAAAAAAAAGAAACAAUUAUUCCCUCGAGAUCAUAUCAUCUUCUUUGUCACACAAUCAAUCGACUUUGUACACAUUUAUUACGUUUUAUGUGUGUGUACCAGGAAAUUGUACCUUUUUAUUAAUGCUCUAUGCAGGAAGCCAUGUUUUCAAGAUGUAAAUAAAAUUGCU